GCGUUGUUAUUCCUCGCUAGGGAAAGUGACGUUUCAAGUGGAAGUGCCUCAAAGUGUGUGUUCCAGGGAUUUUGCUGUUUUUCCUUUGUAAAUCUCUCAGUUUUAUUAAGAUGUCUUCCAGGAAAACCGCGGGCCGUCGCGCGACGAACAAGAAGCGCGCCCAGAGGGCGACAUCGAAUGUCUUCGCGAUGUUCGAUCAGGCGCAGAUUGCGGAGUUCAAGGAGGCGUUCAACAUGAUCGACCAGAAUCGCGAUGGUUUCGUGGAGAAGGAAGAUCUGCACGACAUGCUGGCGUCACUGGGCAAGAAUCCCACGGAUGAGUACCUGGAGGCGAUGAUGAAUGAGGCUCCGGGCCCGAUAAACUUCACAAUGUUCCUCACGCUGUUCGGGGAGCGCCUGCAGGGCACAGAUCCGGAGGACGUGAUCAAGAAUGCCUUCGGGUGCUUCGACGAGGACAACACGGGCCUCAUCUCGGAGGAGCGACUCAGGGAGCUCCUCACCACCAUGGGCGAUCGCUUCUCGGACGACGAUGUGGACGAGAUGUUCAGAGAGGCACCAAUCAAGGAGGGACUCUUUGACUACUUGGAAUUCACGAGGAUCCUGAAGCAUGGCGCCAAGGACAAGGAUGAGCAGUGAAUAACAACAUCCGAACAGCUCUCAAUUGUCUCACAUAUUUUCUAUACACACACGAAUUAACAUCAGUAUUUAAUGCACUUUGUAAUAGAAAAAAAAAACUGAGAAAUCCCUUCAGUCCUUAGGACGAACACCGAAAUUUGCAUUUUCCCCAACACAAAUCGAGAGAAUUCAUAAAGAAAAAAAACCACUAACAAAACCUUUGCAUUGACAAAAUAAGACACAAUUUUGUUACAUGAAUUUAUAUUGGAAGAUAUUUGUGUAUAAGUUUACAGAAAUUUCCCCCCAUUAAAUUUUAAGUUGAUACAAAAGGAUGUCUUUGAGGAAAAGGAUCUCACAUUUGUGGAGAAAAGUGAAAAAUAACGAGACUGGAGAAUGUCAAAGAGCGAAACCUUGUGCCAGCAUCCAACUUUUUCCCUUCCAAGAAGCCAUAAAAAAUGAAUUAUGGUCGCAAAUUCGCACGAGGGUUGAUGAAAAGCGGUCGCGAGUGUUCUUUGUCUGGGUGGAAAAAUGCGACGCAAUAGAAAUUCGGAGAAUUCUUGCCCACUUGCGGUGGCAAUUUCGAUGCCCUCCUAAAUCCCCGAAAUGUGCGCCACAUUGACAGCGAAUUAAAGAUAAGGAGGUGAGAAAGUGUCAUUUCCCUUUUUUUCUACACCAUCACGAGACAAGUCAUUUUGCCGGCUGAGAGAAUUGGCGAGUUUUCCGGGAGGCACAGGAAUGCUUCAGAGGCCAAGAGUGAAUUGCAAUUCUCUCGCGAGCACUUCGCGGAGUCGCCGCAGAAGGAACGCACAGACACACUGGCACUGCUCACUCAACCAUUGAAGAAAGUCACACAAUCGAGGGGCAGCGCAGCGAGCCUGCAACACCUUUCUUCGGCUCUAGAAUUGUCAUCUUCAGAGGGAUUUGUUGUGGAACACUUCAAAUGCCAGAGUUUUAACUGGAAUUAAUCAUAUCUCAAGUGAUCUAACAUGCGGUUUCUGAUAGUUAUCACUAUGCAAAGACGAUAAGUAAAGCUUGUUCUUCGCUUGUAAGAAGAUAAACUCAAAUUAGACAAAUUGAAGCAUUUCCCAUAUUAUUUUGUGUAAAAAAAAAACCUAUUUUAUUGCUUUUCUAGAUUAUGUGAUUGAUUUUAAACAGAUUCUGUCGAUUAAAGAACCCUCAAAAAUCAUCAAA